AGAACGGACACAGCGUGCAUACCCAGUAGGUCCUGUACUGUAUGAGGUGAGGUCACACAGUGGAAAACUGACCGAACGCACGGCGAAGGAGAGCUGACGAGCGCACGCUCCAGACAGAAAGAGAAAAGCCCCUUCGUUCGUGUCCAUCACGCACUUGGAACCGAAGCAUGCGCGACGGUGAGGUGUGACCGUUACACCCCGGUGGAGGUGUAGCCUAAAUGGAUCUUGGUCAACCGCCCGCUGGAACCUCUAGAUCCAGUUGUGGAAAACAAAGAUACAACUUUUAGUUCAUUACAGACACAUCUCCGUGUCUCGUUUUAGUCCCGUUACCGACAUCACUAGCAGUCCUCUCCGAUGUUACUCUCCGCUUCUUUCACCGUUCCGAAUAAUGGUCUUUUUUUCUCCUCGCGGUGCGCACUCGACUUAAGGAGUUAUAUUCCUGUGGCAUCUGUGGAAAAGAUCAUUACUGUCUUUCCGUGUUUGGAGGUGAGCUUUGAUAUAGAAGAAGAACAGUGCAUUCUUUUUGUCAACUAUGAUGACAGUUGAGUCCCAGCCCAGCAGAGACUGAAGCAGCAGGGCAACCUGCAACCGGUGUGUGUGUGUGUGCGUGUGCGUUACCAUGGCAGCAGGAGUGGCAGCAUGGCUUCCCUUCGCGAGGGCUGCAGCUAUUGGCUGGAUGCCAGUGGCCAACUGCCCCAUGCCCGUCGCCCCGGGAGACCGCAGCAAGCGUCAGGACGAGAUGAUUGUCCUGAACGUCAGCGGACGCCACUUCCAGACGUGGAGAAGCACGUUAGACCGCUUCCCGGACACCCUGCUGGGAAGCUCGGAGAAAGACUUCUUCUACGACGAACACGCCAACGAAUACUUCUUCGACCGCGACCCCGACGCCUUCCGGAGCGUCCUGAACUUCUACCGGACGGGGAAGCUGCACUACCCGCGGUGCGAGUGCAUCCAGGCGUACGACGAGGAACUGGCCUUCUUCGGCAUCAUCCCGGAGAUCAUCGGCGACUGUUGCUACGAAGAGUACAAGGACCGGAAGCGGGAGAACGCGGAGCGUCUCCAGGACGACCAGGAGGACAACAAGGACGCGAAGCCCCCCAACAUGACGGUGCGGGAGACGAUGUGGCGGGCCUUCGAGAACCCCCACACCUCCACCAUGGCGCUGGUGUUCUACUACGUCACCGGCUUCUUCAUCGCCAUCUCCGUCAUCACCAACGUGGUGGAGACGGUGCCCUGCGGCGCCACGCCCAGCCAGAAGGACAUGCCGUGCGGCGAGCGCUACACGGUGGCGUUCUUCUGCAUGGACACCGCCUGCGUCAUGAUCUUCACCGUGGAGUACCUGAUGCGGCUGUUCGCCGCGCCCAGCCGGUACCGGUUCAUGCGGUCGGUGAUGAGCAUCAUCGACGUGGUGGCCAUCUUGCCGUACUACAUCGGCCUGGUGAUGACCAACAACGAGGACGUGAGCGGGGCUUUCGUCACGCUGCGGGUGUUCCGCGUGUUCCGCAUCUUCAAGUUCUCUCGCCACUCGCAGGGCCUGCGUAUCCUGGGUUACACGCUGAAGAGCUGUGCCUCCGAGCUGGGCUUCCUGCUCUUCUCCCUCACCAUGGCCAUCAUCAUCUUCGCCACCGUCAUGUUCUACGCCGAGAAGGGCUCCAGUUCCAGCAAGUUCACCAGCAUCCCGGCCUCCUUCUGGUACACCAUCGUGACCAUGACAACGCUAGGCUAUGGGGACAUGGUCCCGAAGACGAUAGCGGGGAAGAUCUUUGGCUCCAUCUGUUCUCUGAGCGGGGUGCUGGUAAUCGCCCUGCCGGUGCCCGUCAUCGUCUCCAACUUUAGCCGUAUUUACCACCAGAACCAGAGAGCUGACAAACGCCGGGCGCAGAAGGUACAGAAAGCCCGGCUGGCCAGGAUAAGAAUAGCCAAGACGGGCAGCUCCAACGCCUAUCUGCAGACCAAGAGGAACGGCCUUUUCAACGAGCAGCUGGAGCUCACGCCACCUUGCAAGCAAAACCAUUUUCUGGAGGACUCAGGCCAGGAGGACAACCAGAAGCUGAACCAGACGUCGUCGUGGCUCGAGAGCCAGCACCACCUGCUGCUGUGUCUGGAGAAGACCACGGCUCAUGAGUUUGUGGACGAACAAGCGUACGAGCAGAACUUCCUGGAGACCGCGCUCCAGAGCUACCCCCCCGCCUCGCGGAGCCCCUCCCUCUCCAGCCAGGAGAGCACCUGCUGCUCCCACAGGAGGAGCAAGAGGGCGCUGCCCAACGCCUCCCCCUCGCCCUCCCUGGCCCUGCAGGUCACCCCCCAGGCCCCCCUCCAGGAGCUGAGUGCCAGCCACAUCCAGCAGAGAGGAGAGCAGCAGCUCCACUCCUCCAGUCGUUCCAGCCUCAACAUGAAGCCAGGGGAAGUGGGCAGGAUCAACUGCAAGGGAGGUCAGAUCACCACGGCGAUCAUAAGCAUCCCCACCCCCACCGCCCUGACCCCAGAUGGAGACGGUCUCCACGGGCCCGCCCAGCGCCAGCCCCCCCGCCCCGCCCCCAGCCCCCCCCCGCCCCCCUGGAGCCCCCCAGCCCCCCAGCAUCCAGACCACCAGCUCCAACAUCGUCAAAGUGUCCGCUCUGUGAAUGACUGACUGACUGACUGGCUGAUUACCUCACUGGAUGUGACUGGCUGUCUGAUUGACUGACUGGCUG